CAAAGAAACAGCCAGGCGAGCUUCCUUUCUCUGUAGGAAUAAUUACUAUCCCCCUUCGCCAUGGCCCACUUGGGAGCCCAUUUCGCCUUUAGAUCCCGCUGGCAGAAGACCGACGAUGAACUCUGUCGACAUAGCAUGUCCUUUAUCCUUCACAAAGCCAUUCGCAAUGACUUCUUUCAGAGCUAUCUCUACCUGCUGGAAAAAAUUCCCCUGGUGAAAUUGUAUGCUUUAACAAGUCAAGUCAUCAAUGGCGAGAUGCAGUUCUAUGCCAGAGCUAAACUUUUCUACCAAGAAGUACCAGCCACAGAAGAGGGCAUGAUGGGAAAUUUCAUUGAACUGUCCAGCCCAGAUAUCCAGGCCUCUCGGGAAUUUCUCAGGAAAUUUGUUGGGGGCUCCGGGAGAGCUGGAACAGACUGCGCCUUGGAUUGCGGCUCUGGGAUAGGAAGGGUGAGCAAGCAUGUCUUGUUGCCGGUUUUCAACAGCGUGGAACUCGUGGACAUGAUGGAAUCUUUCCUCCUCGAAGCCCAGAACUACCUGCAGGUUGCAGGGCACAAGGUAGAGAGCUACCACUGCUACAGCCUGCAGGAAUUCACACCUCCCUUCGGGAGAUAUGAUGUCAUCUGGAUUCAGUGGGUCUCCGGGUACCUGACUGACAAGGACCUUCUCGCAUUUCUUUCCCGGUGCCGAGAUGGCUUGAAAGAAAACGGCGUCAUCAUUCUGAAGGACAAUGUGGCGCGGGAGGGCUGUGUCUUCGAUCUCUCUGACAGCAGCGUGACUCGGGACAUGGACAUCCUCCGAAGCCUCAUUAGGAAGAGUGGGCUGGUGGUGCUGGGCCAGGAGAAGCAGGAGGGCUUUCCAGAGCAGUGCAUCCCGGUGUGGAUGUUCGCGCUGCACCACAAUGGACACUCCUGAAGAGCGGUGGCAAUGAAUGACGGACCGGACA